AUGGCGAAGGCAAGGGUUGCGCCCUUAAAGUCUCCAACCAUACCAAGAAUGGAAUUGACUGCAGCAACAGUUGCCAUCAAGAUGGACAAGCUUCUGAAGAAAGAGCUUGAACUGGAACUUAACGAAUCAAUUUUUUGGACAGACAGCACAGCUGUGCUGAAAUAUUUGAACAGCGAGGGCACAAGAUUCAAGACUUUCGUUGUCAAUAGGAUCACAACAAUCCUGAAGCACUCUCAGACUUCACAGUGGAGGUAUGUAAAUUCCAAUUUGAAUCCUGCUGAUCAUGUCUCGAGAGGACAGACUGUUGAAGCAUUCUUGAAUAGUGAAAGCUGGCUUUCAGGACCCAGUUUCCUGCUCUGUGCACAAGACCAGUGGCCAAAAAAUCCAGAUCCUGUACUGCUGGAUAUUGACGGCUCAGAGGUUAAAAGGGAAGUUCGAGCGCUUGUUAUUCAGACACAAGAGCCCAAAGAUGCUACGAAACAGUUGAUGACCUAUUACUCAUCCUGGACAAAACUAAAACGCGCUGUGGCCUGGUUUCUGAAAUUUAAAGAUUUGCUUAAGGAACUGAAAGCAAAGAGAAAAGAAUCAAACUCACACGGAGAAAACAGAAUGAAUCAGUUCAAAAAGGCUUUCAAAGGAACACACCUAACCUGUGAAGGUUUGACUGAAGCAGAAAGAGAAAUCGUGAAAUACUGUCAAAAACAAAGUUUAAAAGAAGACUUGACUAUGCUAAAGGAACAUCAAAGGGUAAAGAAAAGUAGUUUACUUUACAAGCUGAACCCUGUACUUCAAAACGGAGUCAUUAGAGUUGGUGGAAGGAUGAGCCGCAGCAAUGCCAGAGGAUUCCAAGCAGCAAGCUAUCUUGCCAAAGGAUUCACACAUCACAGUGCUUGUGCUGAAGCACAUUCACGAUGUUACAGCUCAUGCUGGGAGAAAUCAUAUGUUGGCACAACUGCGUCAAAGAUUUUGGGUCCCCGGAGCAAAUGGCGCUAUUAG